GUCACGUGAUUCACUUAUGUGAUCAUUCGUUCACGUGUCUCCCACCAACGAAGCGGUUCAAGACGAAAACAUGCAGCGUUGAGUUCCGAAGCUUUUAUUGGACCACGAACAGCAGAACCUUCACAACGCUCCGGGUUUGUUGUGUUCCUGUGUUUGUUUACAGACCAACGAGCUGCUUUACGUCAACAACAACAAGAAACAAACAUGUCGGCAGAAGCGGUGCACAUCAAGCUGGACACACCCGGCCUGCCUCCCACCGCCUUCCCGGUGGUUCUGAAGAAAAUCCUGGAGAUGCCUCCGCCGAACCUUCUGGACGGAGAUGACGACACAGAAAAGGAGAAGCUGGGUCUUAGCGGUAACAUUGACCUGGGGGGAGGAGGAGGAGAGAUGGGUCCUUCAGCCGCCCUGACCCCUGCCAUAUGGGACAAAACCAUUCCCUAUGAUGGUGAGAGCUUCCACCUGGAAUACAUGGACCUAGAGGAGUUCCUCCUGGAAAAUGACAUCCCGGCUUCCCCCGAUGCCGCUGCCUUAAAGGAGGAACUUGCUGCCAUGACGGGGGAAGACAAGAUGAUUCCUUCUGAGGAGGUGAAGGUCAGUGCUGUGACACUGAUGCCCAUUCAAGAGCUGGAUAAGAGCGAGGACGAGCUGCUGAUCAUCACAAAGAGCGACUCUGACGUUACGUGUGAUGUAAGCACAGAGGUGACCACCUCCGAGGAUGGCGUGACGCCCCAACCCCUCGAUCCAGAAGACAUAGAGGUAGAGGUGAACUACGAGCCCGAUCCCACAGACCUGGUUCUGUCCAGUGUUCCCGGGGGUGAACUGUUCGACCCGCGCAAACACAAGUUCAGCGAGGACGAGCUCAAGCCUCAACCCAUGAUCAAAAAGGCCAAGAAGGUGUUCGUCCCUGAGGAGCAGAAGGAUGAGAAGUACUGGCAGAGGAGGAAAAAGAACAAUAUCGCCGCCAAACGCUCACGAGACGCCCGCAGGCUGAAGGAGAACCAGAUCACGGUCCGAGCAGCUUUCCUGGAGCGCGAGAACGCAGCUCUGAGGUCAGAGGUCGCAGAGCUACGGAAGGAGUGUGGCCGAUACCAGAAUGUCGUCAGUCGCUACGAAGCUAAGUUUGGACCCGUGUAAGGACUCCUCAGGAAGAAUCAGACCCACUGUGGUGCUGCAUGGUGUGGAGCGUGUGAACCUUAACAGAAGCUGGGAUGGACUCACCAUUAUGCCCAACCCUAUAGCGAACACCACGUAUCUGUGCAAUUAAUCAUCAGAAAAACUUUAAUCUAUUUAUUUUUUGGCACUUGACGAUUAAUACGAUUAAUGCCACCAGGCAGA